UGUCAUACGGCCGGCGUGGCACAGUAGCUGUAUCGAACAUAGACUGCAUCAUAAAUCUAUCCGUUAUGCAAUCUUAACCCACUAGAAAACACCAUUGGAGAUGUUUCCGAAGCUUCGUUGUGUUGGAAGGCAUCAAACCAAGCGAAAUGCCAUCUCACGAUCUAACAAGAACGCAGUCGGAUUGCAGAGCUAGCAGUUCGUUGAGUUUUUAAAGACCCAGAAAAAAAAUUGUGAUGUGGGCGUUUCGGAGUCCCCAAAGCCUCCCGCAUCCUCCCCACCGCCAACCACAUGUCUCUCCAAAACUACACAGCUCCGUCGCCUUCCGCCUUUCUACAACCUCUCUUGCCGCCGCCGCCCUCACCGCUACAGCCCCCACCAUCACCAUCAAUGAUAAUAAUUCGUUAAUUCAGUCUCUGUGCAAACAAGGCAACUUCAAAGGAGCCCUUCAACUCCUCUCUCGCGAGCCCAAACCAACCCAACACACCUUCGAGCUCUUAAUCCUCUCUUGCAUACAUCGGAACUCUCUCUCCGACGGCUUAACCGUUCACCGUCGCCUUCUCGAUUAUGGGUUCGAUCAAGACCCAUUUUUGGUCACCAAACUCAUCAACAUGUAUUCGGAAUUGGAUUCCAUUGAUAGUGCGCGCAAGGUGUUCGACAGAACUCGUAAGAGAACUAUUUUUGUAUGGAAUGCGCUCUUCAGAGCUCUGAGCUUGGCAGGUCAUGGUGAAGAUGCAUUGAGGCUGUACCGUCGGAUGAAUAAAAUUGGAAUUCCCUCUGAUCGGUUCACUUAUACGUAUCUUCUUAAGGCUUGUGUUGCCUCAAAGUCUUCGAGAUCAUUCCUUCGGAAGGGAAAGGAAAUUCAUGCACAUAUUUUGCGACAUGGGUUUGAAGCAUGCGUGCAUAUUAUGACUACAUUGGUGGAUAUGUAUGCGAGAUUCAGGUGUGUCUCAUAUGCCAGUUGUGUAUUUGAUGAUAUGCCUGUGAAAAAUGUGGUUUCAUGGAGUGCCAUGAUUGCUUGCUACGCAAUGAAUGGAAAGCCGUUUGAAGCAUUGGAACUUUUUCGUGAAAUGGUGUUUGAGACUCAUGAUUCAUUUCCAAAUUCAGUGACAAUGGUUAGUGUGCUUCAAGCAUGUGCAGCUCUUGCUGCUUUAGAACAAGGGAGGCUGAUACAUGGUUAUAUUCUGAGAAGGGGCCUUGAUACUAUCCUGCCAGUUCUCAGCACGCUUGUGACAAUGUAUGCAAGAUGUGGUAAACUUGAACUGGGGCAUCGUAUUUUUGAUCGAAUGGAUAAGAGGGAUGUAAUUUCUUGGAAUUCUUUGAUGUCAAGUUAUGGAAUUCAUGGAUUUGGGGAGAAAGCAAUUGAAAUUUUUAAGGAUAUGAUCAACCAUGGAGUUUCACCGAGUCCUGUAUCAUUUGUUUGUGUGUUGGGAGCUUGCAGUCAUGCAGGGCUUGUUGAGGAAGGGAAGUUUUUGUUCGGGUCCAUGGUCAAAGAGCAUGGAAUUAAUCCUGGUGUGGAGCACUAUGCCUGCAUGGUAGAUCUUCUUGGUCGCGCCAAUUGUUUAGAUGAAGCAGCCAAGAUUAUAGAGGACAUGCAGAUUGAACCAGGGCCUAAGGUUUGGGGUUCUCUCCUUGGUUCAUGCAGGAUUCAUGGCAAUGUUGAGCUUGGAGAGAGAGCAAGCCAAAGGCUCUUUCAGCUUGAGCCCAGAAAUGCUGGGAAUUAUGCGCUUCUAGCUGAUAUUUAUGCAGCAGCUGAGAUGUGGGAUGAGGUAAAAAGAGUGAAAAAGCUUGUAGAAGCUCAGGGGCUGCAGAAAGUCUCUGGUUGCAGCUGGAUCGAAGUUAAAAGGAAAAUGUACUCAUUCGUGUCGGUUGAUGCGUUCAACCCACAGAUUGGACAGCUCCAUGCCUUCUUAAUUAAACUGUCUGCAGAGAUGAAAGAGGCAGGAUAUGCCCCAGAUACCAAAUUUGUUCGUUAUGACCUUGAUACAGAGAACAGAGAGAAAAUUGUUUUGGGUCACAGCGAAAAAUUAGCAGUUGCAUUUGGUCUCAUCAACACUAGUAAUGGGGAGACCAUCCGGAUCACGAAGAACUUGAGAUUAUGUGAAGACUGCCAUUCCGUUACCAAGUUCAUUUCCCAGUUUGCAAACAGAGAGAUUCUCGUUCGGGAUGUGAAUCGUUUUCACCACUUCCGGGAUGGGAAUUGUUCAUGCGGGGAUUAUUGGUAGUUGUACGCUGUAAAUUGAUCAUUUUUCCCCUAACUGUAAGAAAGGCAGCCCUCUUGAUACUUCAUAUCCGAUCUUUUAGAUGGACAGUGCAGGUGUCCAUUUUUUUCACUGUUCAAUAAAAAUUGUGUCCGCCUUUACGAGCAUUGGUCUAUAAA